UCAUUCUGGUUUUCCUCAGAGCUAUGUGAUGUACAUAGCUCUAGAAAGAGAAUGCAUUUGAAUAUUUCUCAUACUUUUUCUUUUAAAUUUUAGUUCAUUUUAAUUAUGAGCAGUCAAAAUUUUCUCAAAGUAAAGAAUAUGAGAAGUAUAAAUUUGUGGUUGAAGAGUUUUUUUAGUGAUAAUGCAACCAUUUUAACUAGGGAAUUCAAACUUCACAAACUGGAAGAAAGACCACCACAUGAGGCCACUGUUACUAAAAACGAAGCCAUCUUAUAUUAUAAGCAGAUGAUGGUUAUACGAUCGCUUGAGGCAGCUGCUGGAAACUUGUAUGAAAAGAAAAUGAUCAGGGGAUUUUGCCACUUACAAACAGGCCAAGAAGCCUGUGCUGUAGGAAUCAAAGCUGCGAUGAGACCCACGGAUUCAUUAAUAUCUGGUUACAGAAUACACGGAUGGUCGUAUUUAAUGGGUCUUACACUUCUGGAGGUGAUUGGGGAACUGUUGGGAAAGCAGUCCGGAGGAUCUAACGGCAAAGGAGGUUCAAUGCAUUUGUAUGGGAAGAAUUUUUAUGGUGGAAAUGGGAUUGUUGGUGCUCAGGUACCUCUUGGUGCCGGAGUAGCGCUAGCUUCAAAGUAUCAAAAGACGGGCGGAGUGUGUUUCACAAUUUACGGCGAUGGAGCAGCAAUGCAAGGACAGAUUUUCGAAACAUUCAAUAUGGCAAAGUUAUGGAAUCUACCUUGUGUAUUUGUUUGUGAAAAUAAUGGCCAAGCUUUGAGCUUAGCAAACAGCACUGUAGAAGCUUCUGGAAUUUCAAAGGUUGAAACAACCGAAUUCUAUACCCUUGGAAAUAACAUACCAGGAGUACUGGUAGAUGGAACAGAUGUUAUAACUGUGAGAGAAGCUGCUAAAUUUGCAAUUAAUCAUAAUGUGUCAGGAAAAGGUCCAAUAAUUCUUGAAAUAGUUACUCCAAGUGCAGAUUCAUUUAAUGAUUCGAGUGAUUCAGAACAAAAAUCAAAAAGAAAAGAUCCUAUAGUUUUAUUUAGAAAAAAUGUUCAAAAGGCUGGUCUGAUGACUGAAGAGGAUUUUAAGUUAAUUGAAGAAAAUAUGAAAAAAGAAGUAGAGGAAUCGCUCAGAAGAGCAUUAGAGGAUGUUGAACCUGGAUUGCAGGAGUUAACAACCGAAGUAUACAGUCAUUGCUUAGAGACUGAAGUUAAGAAAUAAAUAAAACUACCUAAUACUCAAUGCCGUUAUGAAUUUAAAAUAUUUUAAUAAAAGCUACGUAAACUAUUAAUAACAUUUUAUAAUAUAUUAUUUUUUAAUCUUAAUGAUUAUUAUUUUUUUAACUCAGUUCUGUCAUCUAAAAAAUUAUAAUGUAAUAUUAUAUUAAUUAUUUAUAAAAUAAAAUGCCGAACGAAUCCAGAAGUUUGA